CUCAUGGCGGCUGCACCCGUCAGGCAGCGCUGCGGGCCGGGGGGAGCCCGCUCGUAGCUCCCGCCCUGCUACUACGAAGGAUACCUAGAAAAGAGAGGACCGAAAGAAAAGGCGGCCCGGCGACUGUGGACUUGUCUGUGUGGGAAUUCCUUGUAUUUCUUCAAUAAUGCCAAGGACAUUCAUUAUGUGGAGAAGCUGGACCUCAGUGGGUUUGUGUCCCUGAAGGACGACUGUAGCCGGGACAGAAACCUGGAGGCAGCCAGACUCAUCUUGCGCAUGAAGGAUGGAGAGACCAAAAUCACAGCACCUAACUUGGAAUCAAGGGAGCUGUGGAAAGGUUUCCUCUACUCCGUUGUAGAUCUGAAUGUCCCCUCCUGUCUCACGUUGCUGCCGGGCCAGCUGCAGAUGCUGAAGGAGAUGGUGGACAAAGAACGGUCCAGGCGGAGAAAUCGCACCCCCACACGUGCUCCGCCCUCGCGUGCUCCGCCCUCGCCCCUCUCCGUGCCUUUAGUGGGGGAGAUCCCACCGUGUUUUCGACCGGUGUCUCGAACAGAGGCUGAAGUCCUUCUCGAGAGACACCCAGACUGUGGCAACAUGUUGCUCCGUCCAGGCAGAGACGGAUGCUCACUGGCUGUCACCACCAGGCAGGACCUUAAUGGGUCGGUGUUCAGACAUUACCGUGUGACUCAGAGGGACCAAGGCGGUUAUGUCAUCGAUGUAGAAAACCCUAUUCCUUGUGCUACACUUCACGAGGUCAUCGACGCUCUGGUAGAGAAAACAGCGGGAACUUUGCAGCCUUUCCUGCUGGAGGAGCCGUACGAAGAGAAUAUCACAUACGUUUCCGCCAAUGAUGAAAACGGAGAAAGGAUCCUCCACACCGCCCCCUCCAGCCCUCUUCCCAGGGCUCCUGCCCUACCUCCGAAACAGGGUUUGUCUCUGCCACACACACAGACACACACACAGGCAGACUAUAAUAUAAUAAUGAGCUUUUGUUCCGUUGCAGACCGGUGGCCCGGCAGCCCCCUGUCCAGGUCUCCUGCCCCCGACCGCCGCAUCUUGACCUCACCAGCGCCGGCCUCGCCCACCAACCCGAUGAGACGGCUCAUCCUCUCCCCUUCCCCUCUCGCACAGACACUCAAUGAGGAACUCAAAAUGAAGUUUGAGAAGAGACGAGCUAGUCAGGAGUGAUUCACUCAUAAGGAACCAGCUCUUGUCAUAUCAUACUCAAUCUCCAGUGCCAAACCCCUUCUCACCACAGCUAUGUGUUCAUCCUGUGCCUUCGAGGUGGAAGAUAAGGGACUACAAAUAAUGCCAUAGGGAGAUACAAAAUAUUGGAAUUAGAUGGUUGAAUGAACUCUGGUAAACUCCAUAAGAGCCAGAUUGUCUGGUAAACACUGGAUUAGGUUCAGAAAACCUCAUAAAAGCGCAGCCUGCCUUGGUUUGGAAAACAAUCCACGAGUUCUUUGUCCACUUUCAUAACGCUGUUUACAAACUGCCUCUGAGCAAAAGAAGUAGUGCCACAUCACAUGAUCUUCCUUCAGAUCAAAAUCCACACUGAAUCUGGCAGCUAAACUUACCGGAGAAGCACUAACAUGUUCAGGACCACCAACUGAGCCUGCUGUGUUCGUGUCUAAGCCCACAUGUCUGGGUGCUGAGCUGCUGAUGUUACUGCUGCAACACUGGAGAAGAAGAAUAAACAAACCACAGACUGCCAAGAGCAACACCGGAGACCUGAGACACUUGAUCUGCUCUCACAGUAAAAUAACCACAGAUUGCUCAGGUUUCAGCUCCGGAGUUCUCUUCACCCACCUCAUGAUCAAAUGUUACGUGACUGAAAAAAAAGAACAAGUGUCCAUCACAGUCGAGCUGGCCAGAAUCUGAAAACUGCACAAUCUCUGCCUGCUGUUUGUGAUCGAUGAGCAACCAUGAACGUUGAUUCAAUGACACCGUUUUAUGACUCAACUUUAACCGUACUGUUGGUGCUUAUUUUAAAAGUGUUUCCUUAUUCUGUAUUCGUGCUGCUGUAUAAUGCCCUGACUCACCUGGGCUCUGACCUGCCUUCAGGUGAUUUCUGUUCCUCUUCAAGCCAAUGAUCUGUCUUCAUACGUGAGACUGCCCUCCAGUGGACUGUCUGUCAAGUGAAGGGAAAGAAACCUUAUCGGCCCACCGCCUUUACAAAGUACACAAGACUGAACCAGCCUUUUGGCUUCAUCAUACCACUUGUCUACCUUUUUUUAUAACAAAAUCAUAAUUGGUUCUAUCUGAAGGUGCUUCAACAUAACGUCAUGUAUUUCUACAUUAACAUGGAUUAUGCCAAUCGGCCAGUAGAUUUGUGUCUGAGUGGCAAACUGUGAUGACCCGACUCUUGUGUCCUCUGACGAUGAACAGUGUCUGUGUGUUUGUACAUGAUGUGUCUCGUCUACUGGAUCACUGAAAUAAUAGUGUUUGUUAGAUAUCAAGGGCAUUAAAUGGUUUUGCAUGGA